AUUUUCCACAACAUACAUCAACAAACCAUUAAGCACAUCUGAAUGAAGGUCAGGGAGAGGCACUUUGAACUGGAGAUGAGUAAAACUACAUGUAUUGACCAGAACCAUAAUGCAACUGCAGGGACCAAGUGUGUGUCCCACUGGAUUCUCCAAAUAGCAUAUAAAGCACGCUACUAUAAAGUAUGGCAGAUGCACUUUUGAUAACAUUAGGACAAAUUGAUUGAAUGCAUCAAUACAGACAAAUGUAAAUACUGAAAACACCAAAGCACUAUUUAUAAAUCAUUCAAUACAUAAUCUUUCAAAAUUCAUCACUGCCUUUCAUGAUGGAAGUGCACCUGGUAUCACGAAUAUUAUUAUUUUCCAAUGAAAGUGAACUGAAUGAAUCAAGCUACUGUAAUGAAACCUUUAGCUGUGGCUACAUCACUGAAAAUCAAAGGGACAGCCAUUUUUAUAACAUCAGCCUCUUUCUAUCUUGCUUGUACACAAUUUUUCUAUUUCCCAUAGGCUUCAUUGGGAAUGGGUUAAUCCUGGUUGUAAACUUGAAUGAUCAUAAGAAAAUGACGAUCCCGGAUCUCUAUUUUGUAAACCUUGCUGUAGCUGAUCUGAUCCUUGUAGCAGAUUCCCUCAUUGAGGUCUUCAACCUCAAUGACAAGUACUAUGACAUAGCCAUUCUGUGCACCUUCAUGUCUCUCUUCCUGCAGAUCAACAUGUACAGCAGCAUCUUCUUUCUCACAUGGAUGAGCUUUGACCGGUACCUUGCCCUGGCACAAUCAAUGAAGUCCGGCACACUCCGGACUCUGCAGCAUGCAAAAUGGAGCUGUGGCCUGAUCUGGUUGACAUCCAUCCUGGCUGCAAUGAUGCCUUUUGCUGUGGUACAGGCCCACCACACAGGGGAAGUUCACUUUUGCUUUGCAGAUGUUACAGAGAUCCAAUGGUUGGAAGUCACUCUUGGGUUUGUCAUGCCAUUCUUCAUCAUUGGACUCUGCUACUCGCUGAUUGUACGGAUUCUCACAAAUGCCCAGAAACACAACCGCCUUUGGCCAAGGCGUCAGAAGGCCCUUCGCAUGAUUGUUGUGGUUGUUCUGGUUUUCUUCAUAUGUUGGUUACCUGAAAAUGUUUUCAUCAGCCUUCAGCUCCUACAAGGCACAAAGGAUUCAUCAGUUUCCCUCAAGGAAUCAAUGGGACACUAUUAUCCACUUACACGUCAUAUUGUUAACCUGGCUGCUUUUUCUAAUAGUUGUCUGAAUCCCAUUAUUUACAGCUUUCUUGGGGAAACAUUCCGAGACAAGCUCCGCCUGUACAUGAAAAGGAAAGCAAGUGUAUCCACAGUUUACCGGCUUUGUAACAACACUUUGAACUGGAACAUUCCUGUAACCGCAGAGGAAUCUUUUGCGUAGCUGAUGAAAUCACUAUAAGCCAAGUAAUUAAGAGGAGGCCCAAAUCACAUUUGACUUUCUUUGGUUAUGAUUUGUAAUUUGGCCAGUGAGGUGAAAGCAAAGUUUCCAGAGCCGUCAACUUCGAAGUUAGUUGUCUAAGCACAACUCCAGAAUAAUUACUAAAGGAGGAAGUUGGCCAAAC